AUGCAGCGUCACAAUACCGCGCUUUCCCCUGUGCGGCGCACGGGCGCCCGCCCAAACCAGCCUCCUGCCACCGGCGACGACGGUCUCGCCCCCCGUCACGGCCCGUAUGGCUUCCCGCUGUCGCGUCUGGCCGUUUUAAGACUCCUUAUCUCCUCCGUUCUUUCUCUCGAAGACCAUCAGCCUUCCUGUCACUCGUUCACCUCUUCAGCUCUUUGCUCUCCUGCACCUGUGAGAGGGUAUCCUCUCGACCGUUCGCUCUUGGUUCCCAGCUUGUCAUGCGCGGAUAGUCCCCAGUCCAAAUGGGCAAGUGUACGUUGUGACCCCAUGCCCCCCAUGUCUCACCUCAAAUUUCGCAUUCAAGAGAAGCUCAAUUCACUAACUGGGAACGAUACAGGGCGCUAUGGUGUUGUCCUGGACGCAGGCUCGUCUGGGACCCGUGUGCACGUAUACCGUUGGUUGCGAAAUUCCGCGGCUCGCAAAAAGGCCGAUGCGGGCGACUUGAAAUCGCUCCCGGAGAUCAAAACGAAGGAGGAAUGGGUGAAGAAGAUUCAUCCCGGUGAGCCCCGGACCCGACAGACACCCGCGCGGGCAAUGACUGCAAGUGCUGACCUUCUGUCCUCGAAGAACAUCAUUCCCCAGGAAGAUGCUAAGGAUACACCAAUCUUUUUACUUGCGACGGCGGGCAUGCGAUUACUUGGAAACUUAGAACGGCAGCUCCUCCUUGACCAGAUUUGCUCCUACGCUCGUACUAACACCGACUUUCUUCUCCCUGAUUGCGGUGUCCAUAUUCAAGUUAUUCCGGGAGUGACGGAGGGGUUGUACGGAUGGAUUGCGACGAACUACCUCAUGGGCACAUUCGACACACCUGAGAAACACAAUCAUGGAAAAGGCCAUUCUACCUACGGUUUCCUGGACAUGGGAGGUGCAUCUGCCCAAAUCGCCUUCGCGCCCAAUGUUACCGAGACGGAGAAGCAUGCGAACGACUUGACGCUUCUACGAUUGCGGAAUAUUGACGGCUCGAUUCAGGAGCACCGGGUUUUCGUUACCUCCUGGCUCGAGUUCGGUGUGCAUGAAGCUCGGAGACGGUAUCUAGAGGCUUUGCGAGCCGCUAUAUCUCCUGAAAUUCAAGAGCUACCGGAUCCCUGUCUCCCUGCAGGUUUACGAACUACUCUGGACGGGAAAGACGUGUCUCUUGAUAGCAAUGCAGGAACCUAUCUAGCUGGUACGGGCAAGUUCGAUGAGUGUCUGCGUCAGACAUUUCCAUUGCUGGACAAGGAUGCCCCAUGCUUGGACUCGCCGUGUCUUCUCCACGGGAUCCAUGCGCCAGCGAUCGACUUUGAUGUCAAUCAUUUUAUCGGCAUCAGCGAGUAUUGGCAUACGACUCAUGAGAUCUUCGAGAUGGGCUUUAAGGAUAAGGCAUAUGAUUUCAAUACUUACCAGCAUCGUGUCCAGGCGUUUUGCUCCCAGGACUGGUUGUCCAUCGAGGAUGGUAUUCAUGAGCAUCAGUGGGGCAAAAAGGUUGAUCGCCAAAAGGCCUCUGAAGUUUGUUUCAAGGCAUCAUGGAUUAUCAAUAUGCUACAUGAUGGUAUCGGAGUGCCUCGUGUUGGAUUGGAAGAUACAUCCGGCUCGCUUCACAACGGCACGAAGGAAGUGUUAGCUCACGGCCAAGAAAAAGGAUAUCUGGAUGCCUUCCAGGCCGUGAAUAAGAUCGAUUCGACUGAGGUUAGCUGGACAUUGGGCAAAAUUGUCCUAUAUGCCUCGUCGCAAGUACCUACGGAGAUCGAAGGAGCUCUCCCAGUUGGUUUCGGUGGCAAUGUUCCAGGCGUCCCUCCCGACUUCCAGUAUCCGAGUGUGGCUCUUCUUCCCGACACGGAAGGCUUCCACAGCGAGCACUGGCAUGACGCGCUUUUUGAUGGAGACUCGCCCCGCCGAAUUCCAGGGUUCCUAUUGUUUUUAUUCAUCAUUGUUCUGGCGGGCUUUUUCCUAUGUGGCCGUAGUCGUCGGCUACGCAUCUACCACAAGGUCAACAAUAUACUCCGUCGUGGUGGUCCAUCUCACCCUAACCACCCAAAGCGACGAAAGGGACUUGGUGCUAUGUUGCCUUUCUUGAAUCGCAAUGGCGCAUCCUAUGAACGUGUGAUGGAGGACGGUUCUCAGGAUUUUGAGCUGGGCGUUACCGAUUCUGACAGCAGCGAUGUGGAUGGUGGCCGGGCUUCAGAAGGUGACAACUUGCGACCACCGAAGCGCGCAUCCAGCUGGGGCAGUAGCAGCAACCCACCCAGCUUGAAGUAUACUCUCGACAACAGUUCAUCGGGCACCGUUGGCUUGGGGAUCAGUGGUGGAUCGGGGAUUGCCAUGGAUCGGGCAGGCCUGGUCGUCAGAACCGAAAGUCGAGACCAUUUGGCUCCCAUUGCACUGGGUCCGACCACAAACGGCCGUCGAUCAAGAGCUGGCAGUCCCACACGAUCCCACCAUCAGAAGUCACCGAGCAUGACUCCUCUGGCUGAUGACUAG